UCCUCCUUGAGUUCAGCUGUAAAUACUGGAGUAUUCCCAUCAAUCUACAAGUGAAGACGAGCAUCAGACCAUCAGGAAGAAGAGAAAUCUGCAAAGACAGAGUUUAUUGAAGGACAGUGAGAAGAUGAGUGAUCCAGAACCCUGCAGAAUUAAACAGGAAGAGACUGAAGAACUCAUAGAUCUAAUGGUAAAGGAGGAGAGUGAGGACGAGGAACGUCAUGUCAAAAAUGACAACAAAACUCAAAAUUCAGAGAUCGAUCGCAACCUAUUUAAAGGAACAGUCAUGAAAGGUUUCACCUGCACUCAGUGUGGAAACAGUUUUGGGCGCAAAAACACUCUCAAUCGUCACAUGAUGAUCCACACCGGAGAGAAACCGUACAAGUGUUCACACUGCAACAGGAGCUUCAUUCAUUCAGGAAACCUGAAAACACACAUGAGGAGUCACACUGGUGAAAAACCGUAUCACUGCACCGCUUGUGGGAAGAGUUUCACACAGUUAUCUUCUCUGCAAACACACACAAAAAAUAAUCACAACCUGAUGGUGAAGAUGGAGGACAGUGAAGAACUGAGUGAAGCCGAGAAGCUCCACCGUAGCGUCCAUACAAAGGACAAACUCUAUUCAUGCUUUGCGUGUGGAAAGAGUUUUACAACACAGUCGUAUUUAGGACUACACCAGAGGAUUCACACUGGAGAGAAACCGUACCAGUGUUCCCACUGCGACAAGUGUUUCGGUCGGUCAGAGAGCCUCAAAACACACGAGAGGAUUCACACUGGAGAGAAACCAUUCACAUGCACUCAGUGUGGGAGGAGUUUCACACAACUGUCACACCAUAAUCGACACAUGAUUAUCCAUGAGAAUCCGCACAAAUGUGAUCAAUGCGACGAAAUAUUUUCGAGGCCUUCAGAGCUGAAGAAACAUCUUAGAGUUCAUACAAAGGAGAAGCCACAUUCAUGUUCUCUGUUAUGUGGGAAGAUUUUCAAGCACAAAUGCAGUGUCAAGCUUCACAUGAUGAUCCACACGGGAGAAAAACCGUACAAGUGUCCGCACUGCGACAAGAGAUUCAGCCGUUCGGGAUUCCUGAAAGCACACGAGAGGAUUCACACUGGAGAGAGACCGUAUCGCUGCACUGCUUGUGGGAAGAGUUUCAAUCAAUCAUCUUCUCUGCGAACACACACAAAACACAAUCACAACCUGCUGGUGGAGGAUGAACGUGAAGAUCUGAGUGAAGUCGAGAAGCUCCACUAUAGCGUUCAUAUAAACGAGAAGCCUUAUUCAUGCUCUGUGUGUGGAAAGAGUUUUACACUGCAGUCAAGUUUAAGACGACACCAGAUGCUUCACACUGGAGAGAAACCCAAACCGUACACGUGCGCUCAGUGUGGGAAGAGUUUCACACAAGUAUCACACCUGAAUCGACACAUGAAGAUCCACUUUGGUGUGAGGGAGCACGUGUGCUUUGAGUGCGGGAAGACUUUUAUUACAGCUGGAGACUUGAAACGACACCAGAGGAUCCACGCUGGACAGAAAACGCACACGUGUGAACAGUGCAGCAGGACGUUUUUUAGGCCUUCAAAUCUGCGGAAACAUCUUCGAGUUCAUACAGAGGAGGCGACGCGUUCAUGCGCUCUGUUAGUCAAGACCUUUGUCAGUUUACCUUCCUGAAAACUCUCCUCUGUAUUCACACACAUCAGAUUUUGUAUGUUAAGAAACUCCACUCAUUUUGGACUCCAUCACAAUUGUAUUCAUUUUUCUUCAGCUUAGUCCCUUAUUUAUCAGGGAUCACCACAGCAGAAUGAACCGCCAACUUAUCCAACGAAUGUUUUACACAGCGGAUGCCUUUCCAGCUGCAGCUAAGUACUGGGAAUCACCUAUACACACUCACUCACACACACACUCAUACACUAUGGACAAUUUAGUUAAUCAAUUUCCUUAUAGCGCAUGUGUUUGGACUGUGGAGAAAUCAGAGCACCCGGAGGAAACCCAUGUCAACGCAGGGAGAACAUGCAAACUCCACACAGAAAUACCAACUGACCCAGCCGGGACUCGAAUUAACGACCUUCUUGCUGUGAGGUGACAGUGUUAACCACUGAGGCAUAUUCGCCCCAUAUUUAAUUAUAUUUACAUAAUUACUGUAUCUCCCCCUCCCUUAAAUUACAACAGGACGAUUAUAUACAGGGUUCUUACGGGUGCUGGAAAUCCUGGAAAAUGCUUGAUUUUUAUUAUAGUGUUUUCCAGGUUAGAACAGUGCUUGGAUUUUGGACAAAGUGCUUGGAUUGGAAUCCAAGCACUUUGUUUAUUUUUAAAACUAGUUUAUUUUUAAAACUAGAUACAAAACUAUGGGACCCAUUUUAUUUGUUUCAAGCAGUCAACUUGUACUGUACUAUGUAAUAACUUACAUGAUUUUAACUGAAAUUCUCUUAUUAACUUUUUAUAUUUAGUUAAAAACUUUUGUUUACCUAUUGCGGUAACAUAAUGUUUAAGUUGUUAUGUCUGUAAGCCAUGAAGUAUCACGUUAGCUUUUUAAUUGGAUUUCAUUUUCCCUUUAACAAUGUUUUCAGUGCCUGAUUAACCGUACUUAUUAUAUAGAAAUAUUCAAAUAAUGGGUAUAACAGUAAUAUUUUUAUGGGGACCUGCGCAUAUUGGUGUUCAAGGAAAUGAAAUUGCAGAUAAGGAAGCAAAACAAGCUGUUAAAAAUAAUGACAUCAGUCUAAAUGUAAGUAUAAGAGUGAAGUCAAGAGUAUUAUUAAGAAAAGAAUGAAGGAAAGGUGGCAAAAACAAUGGGACAGUGAGAAAAAGGGCCGGUUAAACCAGCCUAGGCUGGUUGGCUGGUUUUAGAGGGGUUUUGGCUAUUUCCAGGCUGGUUUUCAGCCAUUUCCAGCCUGGUCUUAGCUGGUCAGGCUGGAAAAUGACCAGCUAAAACCAGCUUGACCAGACAAAACCAGCUAUGUCCAGCUUAAACCAGCCUGGUCAAGC